GUUUUGUUCCCUAGCAAAGUUCGAAUAUUUAUCGAUGACAUGAAUUUCCAAGAACCUUUCUUUUUAUAAUUGGAUGUUCGAAUCAACAAUUUUAGAGUCAAAGAAUUUAUAGACAGGCAAACCUCCAUCCCAGAUUUAGCACGUUUGGUUUUAUUGUGAUUCCGCAACCACUGCCAUUAAAAUCCCAUUUCGAAAUCAUCUCGUUUGCCAAAGUUGCUCCUGUUGUGAAGGAAGACUCAGACUCGUCCCUGUGCUAUCUCAAAAUGUGCUGCGAUACGUUGGUAUGACCCAGCAAAUGUUUGACAUGUAGCGGUGGAUUCAAUUCGUCUUUCAUCCUUAUACCCCAUGCGACCAAAUUUGUGGUCUUAUGCCCACUUUGCUGUCCACCAUUGUGUUAGUCAGAAAUCUGGAGGAGCAAACUCAUCAACCCUCUGAUUUCACACUCACCUUUCCUGUCUAUACGCUGCUCUGCUCUUGGUUUUCCAUUAUAAUUUAUGCAUGCUAAUUGCGGAGUCCCCCGUCAAACCACCUCUCAACUCACCAGUGACCGCUGAUUUGCUGCCUCUGACUACUGAUUUGUUUCCCAACUCACCAGCGACCACUGAUUUGCUGCCUCUGACUACUGAUUUGUUUCUGCCGGCAGGACUUUAGAAAUGAUGGCACCGAUGAAUAAGAGGGAGUGGGAAAUUAUUCAUAUCCCAGAGAAGCCUCAUAUUCCAGCUCACUCACAACCCACAGUGAAUGUCUAUGCUGCCGUGGUCGACCCAAAACAUGCAAAUACUCUUGUAAGGAAGUUAAACCAAAUUGCUCCACUGGAACAUCUCCGCCAUGUAAAGCGUGUUCAAAAAGAGAGGCUUGAAGGAGGGAAUACCCAGUUGUCAGUGAUCUUGUGUCUAGCGUCUGAAAAUGGAUAUCAGCUGGACAGCAUUCCAAAUGUUAUAUUAGAGCUUAUCAAUUCAUACCAGUUGAGUGCUUUCAUCACAAAGGUUUGCAAAUAUGCUGCAUUAUCAAAAGAGGAAUGGGAAGAACAAUGCAAGCUGUGGCCAACUUCAUACCACCCACCAACUUAUAGUAUUGAUGGCAUUACGGGAUUUAGUGAAGAGGACUUCUGUUCGGUUCUCAACUUCAUGAAACUUGCAGUUGAUAUGGUGAAUUCUGGUGAUGGCCAGCUUGUUAAUGCCGCUGUAAUUGUGGAUCCUUCAACUAAGCAGGUAAUUGCGCAAGCAUGUGAUGAAGUAGUGCGCACUCAGAAUCCCCUAAUAAAUCAGACAGGUGUGGAAACAUGCUUCUUUAAACAGCGAGAAGCUUAUACUUCCCAACCCAUUGCUAGUAGAGUGGAAACCUGUAAAACUUCUCUUUCAAGCUAUUCAUCUCGUGAAGUCAGGCAGUCGUUUACUGGUGUUGCUUGUCUAUACCCUUGGCAGUGGCCUGAGAAACUAGUGCAUACUAGUUAUUGCCACCCUUUACGACAUGCUGCUAUUGUAGCCAUUGAAUAUUCUGCUGCCAGGGACAGGCAUCUUUUCCCUUGUAUUGAACAUCAAGGGGGUAACCAAACUCUAAAGGACCAUACCCAGUCCUCGUCAAUGGGUUCACCAGCAAAAAGACAGAAGACAGUUCCUAACACUGGCGUGGAUGAUUAUACACAGGAUUCCCAUAUCAGUGGUUUUACUUCAGAUUCAGCCAGACCUUAUUUAUGUACGGGUUAUGACAUCUUUGUUGUUUGGGAGCCUUGCACAAUGUGUGCAAUGGCGCUCGUGCAUCAAAGAGUUAGGCGCAUAUUUUAUGCCUUCCCAAAUCCAAAUGAUGGUGCAUUGGGAAGCGUUCGAAGACUACAAGGCGAAAAAAGCUUAAAUCAUCACUAUGCUGUUUUUAGGAUCUUGUUACCUGCAAAAUUGCUGGAGGUGGGGGAGACUGAAAUUACAACUUCUCAGGAUGACAGUACCACAACUUUUGAUUCUGCUUGAUUCUGCUCCAUUUGGAAAUCCUCCAGUGUUCGAGACUGCUCAACUUGGGAAGCUAAUUUGUGUUAUUUUAUGAAGGAGGAUGUGUUCGUCUCUCAUGGAUAAUUGUUGCAGUUGGCCUGUUCCUUCAUAUACUUGUUCUUGGACUAACUAUGGUGGUAGCCUAGAUUUUAUUAGCUGUCCUCUGAUAAUCAUAUCAACUGUCUGUUUACAAGCAUUCAAUGAACUUAUUCUGGGAUAUUCUUGUCAAUGGAAGAAUUAAGGGAGAAACCUAGGUGUGCUUUAGGUCGCAUUCCUGCUACUCACAUCUCUUUAGCUUACCUAUUAGGAAAAGAACGAAAUAAACUAAUGCAAAAUGGUUUCGCUGUAUCUACAAUUAACUGUGGUCAUGUGAAUUUUCAUGACAACAUAUUCUUCCUUUUUUUAUUUAAUUUUCAGAGGAGGCGGAGGAAGCUGUUUCUGGACCAAAAAGAAUUAGAUCCAUCACCUUGGCAGCAGAUGCAGUAUCUGCUAGGGGAUAUGCAAAGAUAGUAUUGUUGGAACCACACCGUCUUCUGUUGAACUCUUGGUCAAUGGUGGUUUCGAUCUGUGGGCAUGCUUUGCAGGACAUAGGAACCUGCUGUUCUGUUGCUAAUUUUUGUUAUUUUCUUGUGCUAAAAUUGUUGAAGCGUUUACAACCCAUUUGGAAUUUUGCAACUCAUCGAAAUGCUUCGCUACCGUUAACUUUUUCCUUUUUUUUGGGUACCCUCAAAUGUAUCUUCCGCGUUUAAUCUUUUCUUUCAUUCGUAACAUUGACUUUUGGAAGACACGCUGUUGUGUAAGAAAUGGAUUCAUAUGAUUGUCAA